CUCGUUUCAUACCGUUCCCGCGCGCUUUUUCGGAAACUGACACUGUCCAGGAGGAAAGACCAUUUUCUGUAGCUAGAUUAAUUUGUGAAAAUGAACGGCUGACUGUUGUGUUUUAUUGAAUACGUAUAUUCAUUGGAGUUGGUCGCUUUUGUUCUUGCCACGUAACUUACUUCUGAAAACCCACAGCAACGUUUUGAGCUGGUUAGCUACAGAUUUUCGCGAGAAAUGCCUGCAUGCAAUUACGACUCCGCGAGUUUGCCGGACCUUCUACCCCUAUACUACCGACGACUUUUCCCCUUUGCACAGUAUUAUCGUUGGUUGAAUUACGGCGGAGUGACAAAAAACUACUUCCAGAAUCGCGAGUUCUCUUUUACCCUGAAGGAUGACAUUUACGUCCGUUACCAGUCCUUCAGCAACCAGAGCGAACUGGAGAAGGAGAUGCAGAAGAUGAAUCCAUACAAGAUCGACAUCGGUGCUGUCUACAGCCACAGGCCCAAUCAGCACAACACCGUGAAGUCUGGAACUUUCCAGGCACUGGAGAAAGAGCUGGUCUUUGACAUUGACAUGACUGAUUAUGAUGAUGUCAGAAGCUGCUGCAGUGCAGCGGACAUCUGCCCCAAAUGCUGGACUCUGAUGACCAUCGCGAUACGCAUCCUGGACAGGGCCCUUCGGGAGGACUUUGGUUUUCGGCACUGUCUGUGGGUGUAUUCGGGCAGGAGGGGGGUGCAUUGCUGGGUUUGUGACGACUCCGCCAGGAGGCUCCCCGUGGCGGCCCGCUCGGCUGUGUGCGAGUACCUCAGCCUCGUCAAGGGUGGGGAGGAGACACUGAGGAAAGUGCAGCUCUCAGACCCCAUCCACCCCUCUAUCAAGGAGUCUCUGGCAGUGGUGGAGCACUACUUCCCUCAGUACGCUUUGAUGGAUCAGGACAUCCUGGGCAGCAAGGAGUCUGCAGACAAAGUCCUAGCACUCCUGCCUGAUGAGGUCAGAAAAGACCUGGCCACGUUCUUCCAGUCUGAAAGAAGCCCAACAAAACGCUGGGAGAGGCUGAAGGCCUUGGUGCAGCAAAAAAGGACAUCUUCUAAGAAGGCUGUUCACACGGAGAAGGAGAUCAUGCUGCAGUACUGCUAUCCUCGGCUUGAUGUGAAUGUCAGCAAAGGGGUUAACCACCUUCUGAAGAGCCCCUUCAGUGUGCACCCCAAAACUGGGAGAAUUUCAGUGCCCAUUGACCUAAGAGAACUCGACAAAUUUGAUCCCUUUGAUGUUCCCACAAUAAGCCUAAUUUGUGAGGAGCUUAACCAGCCCAGACCAGAGGAGGAGAAGGAGGAGGUGAAAGACAGCGAGAGGGAGGUGGGGGAGAGGCGCAAAAUUCGAGACUACAAAAGGACAAGCCUAGCAAAGUACAUAAAGGUGUUUGACAAUUUUCUGGAUGGAAUGGAACGUUCCAGAAAGGGGGAGCUAUUGCGGAAGAGUGAUCUCCAGAAAGACUUUUAAGAUGGCGGAGGAUCGCCCUGCAGUGGAGGAGGAUGACUGGUCACAGGGCAGAGAUGUCUGCCCCCUGGACUAACAUUCAGCUGCCCAGCAACUAUAAACAGUAAAACUAAAAAUAACCACGGGCACAGAAAUGCAUUACAGGAACAGAUUUGAAGGCACUCUCCAGUAUUUCAGUGUAUGCUUUAAUUGGGCAGUGCAUUCCUGCAUGUUAUGCAGGGAUGUGUGGUGAACACGCAAGAGAAGAAUAACUGCAUAUCAUGGCAGUCACCUUGGUGUUUCUUUAAAUGUGCAAUGUACAGUUCACAUGUCUCGCAAUGCUCACACCCUGGUUUUUUCUGUUUGUAAUAAAGUUUGUUUGGAGCGCAGUAGAGAGUUCCUGAUAACUACUAGAUAGAAAGCCUUGUUAUUACUGGGCCUCGGGGAAAUGGGGGUGGUUCUUGGGACCCUGUACUGUACAUAAUCGUGAAGCUGAAGCCAGAAGACACUCUCCAGUCUCACUGGUGUAAAUGGGUUCAUUACUUUAAUUGUGGUUCUCCAACCUGCAAACAUGGGAAAUAAAGAUGCAAGGCUGGUUUA